AUGCGCGCGACCCGUGCGCUCCUCGUCGACCGCAUCGGGCGUGUCAAGCACGAUGCGCUCACCACGCAGGACCUUGAAGCACAAGCCUACUUGUUCAAGGCAGCGCUGUCGGAGCUGCGGACCGAGUCGAGCAUGCACACGAGGAACGAGACGGCGGCGAUGCGGACGGCGACUACGGCGCUCCGGAGAGAGACGGACACGCUGAACACGCUGAUGAAAGAGGACAUUGCUACUCUCAAGCAUGAUCUCAUCGAGAUCGGCGAGCUCAAGACUCAGGUUGAAGAAUCUCGCUGGGAGAAGAUGAAGGCUGCUGUCGGCGCACUGGGUGCCCUCUUGCUUGUCAUCAUCGUGUCAAUGGAGGUCUAUGUCGUCCAGCCCAAGGCUGCUGAGAAGCGCGCGAAGCAACUUACGAAGCAGCGGCGCGAAGACGAGUCUCCAUCCAGUGUUGCUAGUCUUUUCCCAUAG